UGUGUGUGUGUGUGUGUGUGUGUGUGUGUGUGUGUGUGUGUGUGUGUGUGUGUGUGUGUGGGCCGGUAUGUGUCCUGGUACAUUCCUAUCCAUGGGAGCUGUAGAGAUGAAUGCCAAAGGGGUGAUUCUGAAGGCCUUUGAGCAGUACAGACUGAAGACAUGCAUUGACUUCACACCAUGGAGAGGGGAGGAGAACUACAUCUCUGUGUUCAAGGGCAGCGGUUGCUUCUCCUCUGUGGGGAACCGCAGUGAGGGGAAGCAGAGGCUGUCCAUUGGUGGCAAUUGCGACUUCCUGGGCACCUUAGAGCAGGAGUUCCUGCACCUGCUGAGCUUCUGGCACAAGCAGUCACUCAGAGGAUAGAGGGAUAGUGUUUGCUCUCUCGCUCUGGCUAGUUUGAUCUGAGCCAUGGUUUCCGGAAGUCUAAUCCUGGUGGUUGCGCUGACCUGGUACCGAACGGUGGCCAAACUAUCUGGAGAAACAGAAAUUGAUGUGGAUGAGGGCCAGGACUGGGAUAUCUUUGAUGUCAAUAAGGGACUUGACUUGCUGGAGGGUGAUAUUGAAAGUGUUGAGUUGGCCAACAGAAACUCCAUCGUCGGAGAUCAGUACCGUUGGCCGAAAACGAUUCCUUACUAUAUAGAAGAAAGCUUGGAGAUGAAUGCCAAAGGGGUGAUUCUGAAGGCCUUUGAGCAGUACAGACUGAAGACAUGCAUUGACUUCACACCAUGGAGAGGGGAGGAGAACUACAUCUCUGUGUUCAAGGGCAGCGGUUGCUUCUCCUCUGUGGGGAAACGCCGCGUGGGGAAGCAGAGGCUGUCCAUCGGCAGGUACUGCGACCACCUGGGCACCGUGGAGCACGAGUUCCUGCACGCGCUGGGCUUCUGGCACGAGCAGUCCCGGGCGGACCGCGACGACUACGUCAACAUCGUGUUGGAUCAGAUUAGGCCGGGCAAGGCUCACAACUUCAACAAGUACGACGACAAGGUGUCCAGCUCCCUAGGCGUGCCCUAUGACUACGGCUCGGUGAUGCACUACAGCAAGAGAGCGUUCAGCAUCGCCUCGGAGCCGACCAUCGUCACCAAGAUCCCAGAGUUCAUGGACGUGAUCGGCCAACGGAUAGAGAUCAGCGACAGCGACCUCCUCAAGCUGAACCGCCUCUACAACUGCACCACCUCUUCCACCUUUGUGGAGAGCUGCGACUUUGAGGAGCUGAACAUCUGUGGGAUGAUCCAGGGUCCGAACAACAAGUGGGAACAGCGUAUGGCUGUGAGUGCAGGACCUCAAACAGACUUCACCUCACUGGGACAAUGCAAAGGAAAGGGCUGUUUCAUGCAUUUCAGCACUGCACGUGGGGGCGCUGGGGACAGUGGGUUUCUUGAGAGCCGGUUCCUGUAUCCUAAACCUGGGGUCCAGUGCCUGCAGUUCUUCCUCUACAGCAGCGGGGGCGCUAGCGAUUCCCUCAAGAUGUGGGUGCGGGAGUAUGACGAACUCAACCCUCAAGGGCGAAUGACGCUUUUUGAGACCAUAACAGGUUCAAGCGGAUCUUGGGAGCUGCAUCACGUGACUCUCAACAUCACCAAAAAGUCCAGAGUGGUGUUCGAGGGGGUGAAGGGAGACGCCUCUGCCACGUUGGGGGGUCUCUCGCUCGAUGACGUUAACAUCUGGUCCGGCCAAUGCCCCCAGCAUGUGUGGAAAAUACGCAACAUCACCAGUCUUCUGGCAACCACCCCAGUAGGCACCAAGGUGUACAGUCCCUCUUUCCUGUCACCGACUGGCUAUUCUUUCCAGGUAGGUUCGUACCUCAAUGGACUCAGCACCCGUCCUGACACCAUGGCGCUCUACCUGUACCUGACCUCCGGCCCCAACGACGACAGCCUGAAGUGGCCUUGUCCCUGGCACCAGGCCACCAUGUCUCUGAUGGACCAGCAGUCGGACGUCAGGACCCGGAUGAACAUGCAGCGCAUGGUCACCACUGAUCCAAACGAGAUGGACGGUCUCGAGUUCUUCUGGGACCGGCCCAGUAAGGUGGGGUCCCUGGUGAGCGGCCCUGAUGGGAGCUACUACCGCGGCCCUGGCUUUGGGACGAGCAGCUUCCUCACCCACAGCCGACUGCACAGCAGGAAGUACAUUAAAGGAGACGACGCCUACUUCCUCCUGAGUCUGCAAGAUAUUUCUCAGUUGCUGCCCCCUCAGCCCCUGCCCCCCACUGCACUCCGCCACAUGGCCCCAGACGUACCCCCGGGGGCCAACAAAGGCCAAAAUACCCUAGUGAUGGUGCUCACGCUGACGGUGUCAGCGUCGCUGCUGUUGGUUGCCUUGGUUACCAGCAUCUACGUGCAGAGGAGAAAGAGGACACAGCAGACUGACACAGUGGCCAUCUUAGAGGCUAUGCCUGGAUUUAUGGAAAAGAAGGCCUGAAGGAUUCACCUCCCGUCUCUUUGAUCAACCAGCCGUGGGACACCCACAAGACUGCCCACUGAAUUACUAUGCAUGAAAGAAUAAAAUGUCUACAAAUCACAAUUAAAUCCGGCUGAAUAAAGCCAUCGUAGCUGUGGGUUAAUAAUUGUACCCUAUCCAUCACCCACAACAUGAUUUUGUUAAAGCAAGACCUGAAAGAUGAAAGUAUAACAUAAUUCGUGUUGCCUUCAUUCCACUAGUCGCUUACUUAUUUGAUAUAAUCUACUAUAUAACUAUAUCUAUACAAUAUAAUCUUGUGGCACAAGAUUAUAUUUGUGCCACACUAUUGCAAUGCUGAAAUCGCUCAAUUUAAAUGAAUAAAAAAAAAUGCUUCAAUAGAAACACUCCAGUCUCCCUGCUCAACUAAUUUAUUUUCGUUAAUCAAAAAUCCAACAAUUACAAUUUU